AGGGCUGAUACAAAGGCAUAGGCCAGUCUUUUAACCCAACUGGGCUCCAUUUGCCUGGACUGUGCACAUGACAGUUCUGACCCCAGCUGACUGCAGAUUUCGGUGUAAGUGAAAUAUUCAUUAUGAGCAAUCCCUUCCAGCACCUAGCAGAGCCGCUUGACCCGGCACAGCAAGAUAAAAAGUUUUACAACCUCAAUAAGCUAAGCGACUCAAGAUAUGCCAGGUUACCAUUCUCUAUACGAGUUCUCCUUGAAGCAGCCGUUCGGAACUGCGAUGAAUUUCUAGUUAAGAAACAAGAUGUUGAGAACAUCUUGAACUGGAAACUUACCCAGCAUGACAAUGUGGAGGUACCAUUCCGUCCAGCGCGAGUUAUCCUACAGGAUUUCACAGGGGUUCCUGCUGUGGUGGACUUUGCAGCCAUGAGAGAUGCAGUAAAGCGUUUAGAAGGUGAUCCACAAUCCAUAAACCCGGUGUGUCCAGUGGACUUGGUCAUUGAUCAUUCUAUUCAAGUGGACUUCAACAGAAGGUCUGACAGCUUACAAAAGAAUCAGGAUCUUGAAUUUGAAAGAAACAGAGAAAGAUUUGAAUUUUUAAAGUGGGGCUCUCAAGCAUUUCAGAACAUGAGAAUCAUCCCCCCAGGCUCUGGCAUUAUACAUCAAGUUAACCUUGAAUAUCUGGCACGCGUAGUGUUUGAGCAGGAUGGAUACUACUAUCCAGAUAGCCUUGUGGGGACUGACUCACACACUACAAUGAUUGAUGGUCUUGGAGUUCUUGGUUGGGGUGUUGGAGGCAUCGAAGCUGAAGCAGUUAUGCUUGGACAGCCAAUCAGUAUGGUACUUCCUGAAGUAAUUGGAUAUAAACUGAUGGGGAAUCCUCACCCGCUGAUAACUUCUACAGAUAUUGUGCUCACUGUAACUAAGCACCUACGGCAAGUUGGGGUUGUGGGAAAGUUUGUGGAAUUUUUUGGUCCGGGUGUAGCUCAGCUCUCUAUUGCUGAUCGUGCCACCAUUGCCAACAUGUGCCCCGAGUACGGAGCUACUGCAGCCUUCUUUCCAGUUGAUUUGGUCAGUGUACAGUAUUUGCAGCAAACAGGUCGUGCAGAAGAUAAAGUGCAGUACAUUCAGAAGUACCUAGAGGCUGUUGGGCUGUUCAGGGACUUUAAUAAUACAACCCAGGACCCAGAUUUUACUCAGGUGGUGGAGUUGGACCUCAGCACUGUGGUGGCAUGUUGCAGUGGGCCUAAAAGACCUCAAGAUAAAGUGGCUGUUUCUGAAAUGAAAACUGAUUUUGAAAAUUGCCUAGGAACCAAGCAAGGAUUCAAAGGUUUUCAGAUUCCCCAGGGGCAUCAUUCUGACAAAGUUAAAUUCUCUUACAAUAACGCUGAGUAUGAACUCUCUCAUGGUUCUGUGGUUAUAGCUGCAAUCACAAGCUGCACCAACACCAGCAACCCUUCAGUCAUGUUAGGAGCCGGUUUAUUGGCUAAGAAAGCAGUAGAAGCUGGGCUAAGUGUGAAACCUUAUAUAAAGACAAGCCUGUCUCCUGGGAGUGGCGUAGUUACUUUUUACUUGAAAGACAGUGGAGUCCUGCCUUUUCUUUCCAAGCUUGGCUUUGAUGUUGUUGGAUAUGGGUGUAUGACAUGCAUUGGGAAUAGCGGUCCAUUACCUGAUCCAGUUGUUGAAGCCAUAACUCAGGGAGACCUUGUAGCAGUAGGUGUCUUAUCUGGUAACAGAAAUUUUGAAGGCAGAGUCCAUCCAAACACACGUGCAAACUACCUGGCUUCUCCUCCUUUGGUCAUUGCUUAUGCCAUAGCAGGAACCAUCAAGAUUGACUUUGAGAAAGAUCCACUGGGGGUGAAUGCCGAGGGUAAAGAAAUUUACCUCAGAGACAUCUGGCCAACAAGAGAUGAAAUACAAGCUGUGGAAAGGCAAUAUGUCAUUCCUGGGAUGUUCAAAGAAGUCUAUGAGAAAAUUGAGAAAGUCAACGAGAGCUGGAAUAAUUUAAAAGCCCCAACAGAUCAAUUGUAUCCCUGGGAUACCAAAUCAACUUACAUCAAAUCUCCACCCUUCUUUGACAAUCUAACAAUGGAACUCCAGUCUCCUAAAUCCAUAACAGAUGCAUAUGUCCUCUUAAACUUGGGCGAUUCUGUUACUACUGACCACAUUUCUCCAGCUGGAAACAUUGCAAGAAACAGUCCUGCAGCACGCUAUUUAGUGAAUAGAGGGUUAACUCCAAGAGAAUUUAACUCUUAUGGGUCACGGAGAGGGAAUGAUGCUGUCAUGGCGAGAGGAACAUUUGCCAAUAUUCGUUUGUUUAACAAGUUCAUCAAUAAGCAGUCUCCCUUAACUAUAUACUUCCCUUCUAAUGAAACUCUUGAUAUAUUUGACGCUGCAGAAAGAUACCAAAAUGAAGGGCACAAUUUAAUCCUCCUGACAGGAAAAGAGUACGGUUCUGGAAGUUCUAGAGACUGGGCUGCAAAAGGUCCUUUCUUACAGGGAAUCAAAGCCGUCCUUGCCGAGAGCUAUGAACGCAUUCACCGCAGUAACCUAGUUGGGAUGGGGAUCAUUCCUCUGCAGUACUUACCUGGAGAGUCAGCAGAAGCUUUAGGGCUAAGUGGCCGAGAACGUUACACUAUCAUCAUUCCUGAAGAUCUUCGACCUGGCAUGAAUGUUGAAAUCAAGCUGGACACUGGAAAAUCUUUUGAUGCCAUCAUGAGAUUUGACACGGAUGUGGAACUGACAUAUUAUCGCAAUGGAGGCAUUCUGAACUACAUGAUCCGUAAAAUGGCCAAUGCUAGUUAAUUUAAAAAAAAAA